AUGCAGUUAACACAUCAGCUGGACCUAUUCCCUGAAUACAGGAUUGUUAAUCCAUUUCAGAUAAUUGUGGCCACAAACAAAGCAGUUCACCUCUACAAACUGGGGAAAAUGAAGACAAGAACUCUAUCUACUGAAGUUAUUUUCAAUCUUUCCCCAAAUAACAAUUGUAUCUCAGCAAAUGAUACUUCAGUUUUGAUUGCUUAUAUUGAAGAGGGUAAAAAACAAAUAAGUCAAGAAUACCUAAUAUCUCAGGUAGAAGGUCAUCAGUUUCCUCUGAAAAAUCUCCCCGAAAUAACAAAUAUUACAGAAGUCAAAAAGGUAUAUAAACUAUCUUCACAAGAAGAAAGUAUUAGAACAUUAUUGGAUGGUAUGAUUUGUAGAAUGUCAACAAAAGAUGUUUUGUGAAAUGACAGAAAUAUUAAAAAAUUUUCAGCUUUAAAA